AUAAGACUCAUGUGGGAGGGAAAAGGAACACCCAAAACCUCAGCAGCUUAAUACAUUUACGAAAAAAACGCAGCAACUAUCUCUCCAGUAAGCCGAAUGGCCAUGUCUUUCACUGCAGCUGCUUCUUCACCAUCUCACCUACUUGUCCAAUCCCAAUAUCCCAAAGUACCCUUUCCUUUUAUGCCCACGCCCAUUUCAUCCCGAAAUUUUUUCCUUUUGUACAAACAAAGAGGGAGACGGAUUCAUGUUGCCGCUGUUAAGAGCAAUUCUAGCUCCGGCGAGAAAUCAAGCGAUAAAGAAAAGAAAAUAGUGGAAGAAGAAGAAGAAGAAGAGGUGGAGGAGGAAUUGGGAUGGAUUCAAGAGAAAGCGUUGGACCUAGUGGAGUUCACUGGGUCAGUCACUCAAGCGAUUCCUGGUCCCAGAGUUGGCCAGAGCUCCUUGCCUUGGAUUCUUGCUCUUCCUUUAGGUUAUCUUGGUAUUACCUUUGUUAUUGCCUUUGUUAAGACUGUUAAAAAGUAUUCUUCUCCAAGAGACAAGCGCAAGAGACUGGUCAAUAAAAAUGCUAUGCUCUGCAAAUCCAUUGACGAGCUCUUUCACCAAGGAGGAGAUGCAUUGCACCAUUCUGCCCUCAAGGAAUUGGAGAAAAAGACAGGUUUUAGCAUGGAGGAUAUUUUCCGCAAGUACAUUCGUUAUGCUUUGAAUGAAAAACCCUUUAAUCCAGAUCUGGUUGCCAACUUAAUCCAGCUUAGGAAAGCAUCAUUGUUGGAGGACUCCCGGGUUGCUGAAAUCUUGAAUGACAUUUCAAGGCGGAUUGUCAAGGAAAAAGGUCCUGUAGUCAUGGAAAUGGCUGGGUAUACUGAAAAAGGAUUUAAGAGAAAGCUUGCUGUGCAGACCCUUUUCGGCAAGGUGUAUUAUUUGUCUGAGCUGCCAGAGUUCUGUUCGAGGGAUAGCUCCUUGGUUGUCAAGGAGAUAUUUGGGGCUACAGAUGAAGAUGCUGACAAACUUCGGCUGCACACUCUUUCUGAAGCUGGUGAUAUGGGUUCACUUGAGAAGAUGGUUGAUGGUUCAGAUUCAGAUGAGCACUCAUCUACUGCUCCUUGAAUUUAUAUAAUGGAGGUCUUGGUGCAGAGAAUUGAAGAGAGAAUCAGAAGGGAUUUUUGUUUUUGAAUACCAGAAGUUGUAACAGGAGUGAUUUACAGAACAUUGUAAACGCUUUUAAUAAUUUUGUCCAGAGUAGCUAGAAAUGCAGACUGCUUACUUAGGCGACAGAAUGCUGAUAGCAGACAUGUUUAGCUUGAGAAGUUGAUGCGUAAUAUUGUUUAGCUUGAAGCAUAGCCAGAAAUGGCUACUUAAUAGUUAAUACCAGUUAGUUUGAUGUCCAAGGACAGAUCGAGGGGGGCAAUAGAACAGGAGCAAUGCUUUUGAUCAUGGAAGAUUUGAGAAAGAAGAGGCAGUUCGAUUGGGAUUAUUGUAGUAAUGUUUGCUUGGAUUUGAACACAAUCGAAUGAAGGCAUUGGCAUUGUGUGGUUGGAUUUGAACACAAUCAAAUCAAGGCAUAGGCAUUGUGUGUUCAAGGAUUGCAAUAAUUUUCAACUAUUAUUAGUAGUUAGGUGUGAUUUAUAAAAGGGAACUUAUUGCAGUUUGUGUAUACUUUGAGACUACGCCAACCCAAUACAAUUCCAAAGUGCCGCCCCGGAAUUGAUUUAUUAUUAAUUCACGCAAGCAAAUUAACUCGGGAAAAAUCACAAAACUCGUUAAUAUAAGACUCGGUGGUGACAAACUAAUUAGUAUUUGGUUCCAGCAUAGCACACUAUUAUUAUUAUUAUCCCCCUAUCCAUUGCCAAAAGAAGAGCAAACUUUCAUAAUCAUCAUCACGGAAGGGUAUAUUUGGAGAAAAAAAUAGCAAAGCCAAGCAGAAGAAGAAGAAGAAAGAGAGGGAUGUCAGGUGUAAUUUCGGGAAAUGAUGAAGGGCAGAUGGAGAAAGUGCCACCGUUCCCCGUUUGUAUAUAAAUUAAAAAUGAUAUGAUAUGAGAAGAAAACCAGAUAUUAUAUUAUCAAUUGCAAAAACUAUAAGGAAACAAGAAUCCCCCAUUUCUCUCAUUGGAUUUCUAUUUCCCUAUUUGGGGCUUCUCUCUGUCUCUCUCUCUAUCUCUGGGAUGCUUCUAGGAUCAUGAUUUUUUUCCCUCUCAUACGUGAUUCGCACUUCUCUUGUAGAGUAUAUAUGGGCUGACUUGUACAUUUCAUGGGAGUUGUAGAGGAUAAUGAGCCGCCUUUGAAACGUGUCAAGCUGCCCGUAGGAGAAGUCAGAACCUUUUUGGACCACUCAUCUGUUACAGGACCUGUAUCUUGCUCUUUGGGAGACUUGAUGGCCAGGCCUCUAAACUCCCAAGGAGAUGGAGAAACAGUUGGUUCAAGAGGAGUCAUUAAAAGAUUGGAAUUCGUCAAAAUCAUAACCAGGGCAUUGUACUUACUUCCUUACAUCCUCUAACUAGGUGCCCUAGCUUCCCACAACAGAAACAAUAAUCGGGUAAUCUUUCAUACCUAAAGCUAAACCAGCUUUUAGGUUUUUCUUGCCUUUUGUUGUUAAAACCCACCAGAAGAGGCUUCUCCACAUGUAUUCUUGCUUUGAUUCGUAGAAAAGACCAUUCUGGUUAGCACACUCAUCCUUAUCAACAUCCUCCAAACCCAUUGAGUAGGGCUGCAAUACUUUCGGGAUUCACCACGUUCAGUUGUCUAGGAGGUAGCCCUACAAGCUGAACCCAAAAGAAUGUGGUAUCCAGAUCUAUAUUCUGCUACACUUCGUCUGGCGGCCACUCUUUUAGCACAAUAUGAGCAUUCGCUGUGGACCAAGGACCCUCUCGUAGCACAGUACUCAGCUCCUCUUCCUUCUUGAAAAUGAAGAUGUAAACACUAUGCUUUUCUUUGUUUAUGGUAAAUGAAACCUGUGGGCCCCAGGAGGUUUUAAGACUGUCCUUCACCGUAUUCAUGGUGAUAUUCCUAUCAGUAAUUACUCUCCCAACCGCCUUAAACUUAUUGUCUUCCAUUUUCACAUCAUGAUCAGUUAAUGCAAGGCUUGGUCCUUCACAUAGAACACCAUCUAUACCGUUAAAAGUUGCCAUGUCCAAGCUCUCACUUUCUAUAGUAUUAUACAAGGUUAACACUAGAAUGUACAGAUUGAUUAAACAAAGGGUAGAGGUUUUGAAAAGAUAUAGAGACACAGGGGAUUUCAGAAAUGUAGAGAGGGUUAGAGGUAUGUAAAAGAAGAGAGGAGAGACAAAAGAUAGGAGAAAUGGAGAGAACUAAAUCCAGAUGCUCCAGCUAGAGACGAUAGAGACAAGACUUCUCGAGGGAAUUUCUCCUACAGAGGAAAAGACUAAUAAAAUUUCAG